AUGGGAUCAAGCAUGGCGAAGAGUCGACGAUCAGAAUACUGUGAUUACAGUAAUCGAAAAAAAGACGUGGGAAGUAAUUUCUCGAAAGAGUAUGCGGAAUACUGGAAAAGGCCAGAAAUUGAGAAGAGUUCGAAUUUUUCCAUAGAAAAAAAUGAGUACUCGUAUUUCUCUAGCGAUGAUGUUUCACCAACAAACAAUACGAAACGUUAUUCCACAUUUGUGUCAGCAUUCCGAUGA